CACUCUGCCACUCCUCUCUUCUGAGAGCGUCUCUCCUCGUCUACCUCCGUCCCCGCGGCCGCGAGACUAACCAUCGCCAAUCCGCAUGGACGCCAACCGGCGGCUCACGCAGGGGUCUGACCCCGCUGCCGUCGGCGGCGGAGUUGAUCCGAACGCCCGCUCCGGAGGCGACUGGCUGCUGCAGCCCGAGGAUCGCAGCAGGGUCGUCAAUAAGAUAGUGGAAACUCUGAGGAUGCAUCUGCCAGAGGGAUUGGACGAACUUCAAAGAAUCGCUGUGCGAUUGGAAGAGAGUAUCUAUGGCGUAGCGACCAACCAGGCUGAUUAUUUGAGAAAGAUUUGUCUGAAAAUGCUCUCUGUGGAGGCGGAGACACAACAGGCUCCUGGAAAUGCUCAAAUGAUUCCAAAUCAAAACAACCCUGGUCAAGCAUCUGAGGACUCUACUGCUCAGACAGGACAUGCAGGUGCAGGUGAUUGGCAAGAGGAGAUAUAUCAAAUGAUUAGGAGUUUGAAGGAGCAACACUUUGCAGAGCUCAAUGAAUUGUUCAAUAAGUUAUCUGUGAAGCUACAGCAUGUUGACAGCGUCGUACCGUGUCCAGUGCCAUCUGAGCUGUAUGAAAGAAUGAAGAUCUUUAAACUAAUGUUGGGCGGUAUAUUAAAAAUGCUGCAAAUUAGCAAGAGUAGUAUCCAACCUGCCCUGAGGGACAUGGUUCCUCUAUACGAGAAACAUAUCAUCAACAUCUUGGCUGCAAGACGGUUCCAGCCACCUACAGGACAAGCUCCUAAUUCUGACAUUUCGCGGCAACAACAGCCUUCUCAAAACCUACAGCAGCAUGAUAGUCAUACUAAUCCUCGAGCUAGUUUGUCAAGCAUGAGCUCCGGAUUACAGUCCUCUAGUGCAGCCGGUAUCCGGCAUGCACCUGCUGUUUCAGCAACAAACUUCAGUGUCCCCACACAGCAAAAUGGUGCAAACAUACAGGAUCAGGCUGGAUCUAAUUCGGAGGCUGCUCAAGGAAGCAAUUUCAGUUCCUUGCGGUAUGGUUUGAUGGGUGGUGGGUUACGACAGGGAAGAACUGGGCUGAUGCAGGUAAGAGUGAAUGCUCAACAGCAGACAGGUAGAAGAAGUAGCAGUAGCAUGUUAUCUCACCUCUCAGGGCAGAGGAAACACAUUAUCAAGCGGAGGUGGCGUGACACUUUCUGAUUCGGUGACAUGAGAGAACUUGUACAACAGCAAUGUAUAAGCACAUUGCUUAAUAUUUUGUUGUAAAUAGUUGGAUCUUAGUAAACACAAAUGAAUGAACAUAUCCACCAAGUCUAUCGUUGACAACAGUGAUGUAAGAGUAUUGAAUUUAUAAACUAAAGAAUGGCAGACUAACUAA